CGAUGAAACCAUUCGCAAUGCUACAACUGAUAGGAAACGAUCAUGUUCGUAUUAUACUGCCAAGAUGAGCAUGUGAAUCCCCUCAUUUUGGUUUCGCGCCACGGAAAGUCAUGGCCCGCCUUUGGGCCUUUGGGACCGAGCACGGCGUCCGAGGCUUUGAGGCCUUAACUUAACUUUCAAUUCUACAGCAGCUCUGAUUCGCACGGCCACUCCUCUGUCUCGCACUAGGACAUGGCGCUGCAGAUCGCUCGUGGCCUAUCAUUCAGCCCAUCAUUCAGCCCAUCAUUCAGCCCAGCCAUCAAGUCUUCUGUUCUGCGUGAUAUAAGAAGUCUCUUGCCGUCGCCCUGUACAAUUAUCGGCAGUGUACAACAAUUUUGCCUGACGAUCCCCUCAACAGUUUUCAAGGUACAAACAGGAUGUGGAUUUGGAAGAUCGUGAUAUGCACUUCACUGAGUGCUGCCGUCAGUAUUGAAGGGCAGUUCACAUUUCCAGAACCACCCAGGCUGCCUGAGCUAGCCAACGCGACAUUUGCAGAUCUGGAGUGGUCCCAGCCCCUCCUGAACAAAAGGCAAGGUACCUGUUACUCGCCAAACAGAUGGUGUUCCGAUACUAGCCAAUGCUGCGGACCGAACACUAACAGAUGCUGCCGAAGUGGAGCUUGCGGUCAAAGCACGGGAGGCGAUUGCUGUGGAAGGGGCCAGUGCAAUGCAGACAAGCCCAAGUGUUGCUCAGAUACGGGCUGCAUUGCUGAAAAUGAUGCUUGUUGUGGAACUGAGGGCUAUUGCCCGGCACCUUUCCGAUGCUACGAACGGUACCGUAACAAUGUAUACAUUGGCCUCACUUGUUGUACAGACUCAUCAUGCGACGUGUAUCUCAGUGAUGGUGCAACGUUGACGCGGACGACGACUGCGGCGCAAACAGUUGCACCUGCUACAAGGAAGACUACGGCACCGCAGCUCCCAGCAACGACCACUGCGCGUGUAGAAACGGAUUUGGAUUACUAUUCGACAACUGUCUAUUGGACGUACUACUACUAUUACUAUACACUCCAAUCUGCAUUCUUGACGGAAACGACAACACGAGUGCGUACAACAGUAUCAUCGACGACCACACUCACGUGCCAAGCAGCCGACACAUACGCUGCGCAGGCUAUAUUUCUCUCUCUGAGCAGCGACCUGCCAACGCCAACCGAAGCCCUGAUCACGCCUCCAGUAACGCCAACAGCAGGAGCUCCAAUCCGCGGUUCCUGCAGCCCAAUUGGAACAACAAGCGUGUGUGAGACGGUGAUUGCUGGUGCGCUCACUUCGGCGACCGUCUCUGGGGAUGGUCCCCGCGGUGUUGCCUCUUGUUCAUCUUCGGUGUCUGCGCUUGCGCGCACGAUGGCGAUGUUCUGUGCAAUACUGAGAUUGAUUCUGUGAGCUAGAUAGAGCCUUUGAGGACCUCAAAAAGGAUCAGAAUGUCUGGCCCUAUAUAACGCUUUAUAAUAUCAAAAUGGCGGCUUUGUGACUGUGCGAAUCGCCUUAGCGAUAGAAGAUGCAAAUGCGAUGGAGAUGAGGAGAUUGGUGAUAGGUAGCGUAGAGAGUGCAAAGGAUAGUGGUGCGCCGCCUUGCCUAUGCCUAAGUAUUCUUACCUUGCCCAUCUGUUAAGCGCUAUUUACUCGCUGCUCAGCAAACAGACCAAAGAACCAACACCAAGGUAGCACAAGCACAUGUAGUUUCAGCACCGAAGAUUGUAUUGAAGGUGUUACAGCG